AAAAGCGGAGCUCAGCGGGAGAGAGAGGGAGUAACCAGCAGCGCAGACUUCACAUCACAAAGCUGCACCGUUAAGGACAAGAAACGUUCAAAGUCUCGUCUUUUUCACAACAGUGGCCAAACUGAAACAAGGCGUCUUCGAUGGAAAGGAUUAAUUAAUUAUUUUUGCACAACAACAGAAAACACAAACCCAUCGUCACCAUUUUCUGGGCUGGAAAUCGACUUUUUUUAAAAAUAUUUUUUAUUAUUAUUGGUUUUACUGUCUCCAAGCAACACGAGGAGUUUCGAGCUUAAGAGAAAAUAAUGAACAACAGAGAUCGCUGGAGGGUGUACAAGAGGGUGAGCGUCAUGUUUUUCCUGGCCGCAUUGGCGCUGACUGUUGUCCAGAGAGGAAACAUCAACAUGGGAGCUCCCUUUGAACUUGCGAGGCAGGUUCGCAUGGAUACGUCCAAUGAAGCGGAGCAUUCCUUCUGGAAGGUUAGCAAAGAAAAGUCAGGGACCAAAUCUAGGGUCACCACACAGGAGCCCAACAUCACUGAGGACACACGCCUCAAAUCUUGGGAUGUAACCAGCACCAACUGUAGCGCCAACCUCAACAUCUCAAGUCACAACUGGUUCAAAAGCCUGGAGCCAAAUUUCAAGCAAUUCCUGCUUUAUCGACACUGCCGCUACUUUCCUAUGCUCCUCAACCACCCAGAGAAGUGCAAAGGGGACAUAUAUUUGCUUAUGGUGAUAAAGUCUGUGGCGACCCAGCAUGAUCGCAGAGAGGUGAUCCGAAAAACCUGGGGCAAAGAGCAGACGAUCGAUGGGAAGAGAAUAAAGAUACUCUUCCUCAUUGGUAAAUCCUCCAAUGAGGUGGAGAGCGCAAACCAUCAGAAGUUAGUUGAGUUCGAGGACUACAUCUAUGGGGAUAUCCUCCAAUGGGACUUCCUCGAUAGCUUCUUCAACCUCACACUCAAGGAGACUCACUUUCUAAAAUGGUUCAACACCUACUGCCCCGGUGUACGCUAUAUUUUCAAGGGUGACGACGACGUCUUUGUCAGCGUAGAGAACAUCUUGGAGUUUCUGGAGAGCAGCCCUUCAAAGGACCUGUUUGUUGGGGAUGUGAUCUUCAGGGCUGUGCCAAUACGUAGAAGAGAAAACAAAUACUACAUCCCCCAGGCUCUUUAUAGUAAGCAAUACUACCCUCCGUAUGCAGGGGGAGGGGGUUUUCUGAUGGACGGGAAGUUGGCGAGGAGGCUUCACUGGGUGGCAGAUACCCUGGAGCUCUAUCCCAUUGAUGAUGUUUUCCUGGGCAUGUGUUUAGAGGUGCUUCAAGUCACUCCAGUAAAACAUAACGCUUUUAAGACGUUUGGCUUGGUGAAAAAUAAGCAAAGCAAAUUGAAUCGAGAACCUUGUUUCUUUAAGAGCAUGAUUGUGGUGCACAAGCUGCUCCCAUCGGACCUCAUGCACAUGUGGAAUCUGGUCAACAGUGACCUGGUCUGCUCGCAGAAAGUGGAGAUCCUAUAGCUUGAUGGGAAAAACUCUUCUUUAUGUGGAGAGGAACCAUGGACAAUGUGUAUUUACUGUUUCUGUGCAGUAGUGAUGAAUUUUCACAAAAGUAAAAUUAUAAAAAGUUUGUCAUGGUUGUCUUAGAAACGGGUAUUUAUAUUGGCAUUUGAAGGACUCACUCUUUCAACAUGCAGAUACUUUGCAUACUUUUCCAUUUUUGGCCCUGGGUCAAAAGUCCCAUUUGGUUUUCACUCUUUUUAAAUGCAAGCUCCAAUACUUUCAACCUCCAUGGCCAACAUUGAUAAAUUGUUCUUCCAAUUUGGUUUGAUUUGGUGGAAGUUUUACAUUGAACAGAAAAAAAAAUGUUUCUAGGCGAAGGGGCAAGAAAAUCUGUACUGUCUAAUUUACUAUAAAUGUGCUAAUUGGGAAAUCAUGUUUAGUUUGAUCAAGAAAAUAUAAGGGCAGUUUCUUUUAAUGGGUCCUCUACGGCCACUGCACAUGCUGAACAAUGUGUAGUGAAAAUAGCAUAAUGGCUUUUGUACAAAGUGUUACAUAUUGCCCUCACAUGGACAAGUAUGUCAUGCUGCAGUUGCUUCGAAUGACUUUGAGAAAGAAACCGCUGUCUCUACCUCAAUGAUUCUGUCUCAAACUGUCAUUUAUAACUUUUUUUUGUAUUUUACAUGAUACCCGUAUCUUCAUAUCCAGUACAUGUUCCCACAAUGAAAGUUUAAUCACUUUGUAAAUCUGAAAAGUCCUUGCACUCAUUUUUUUUUUUUUUUUGCGAAUGUGACUGACAGCAUCUGCUACUCCUUUACUACUUUAAAAGAAAACUGAUACUUUUAUGCUGUGUGUCGAUUUAAAUGUGCUGAUAUACUUGACAUGAAUGAGGUAGAGAGUUUACAAUGACACUGUGAACUAAAACUAUUGCUGGUACGAGUAUCUGGCAUGUUAAUUUAAGUGACCCCAAAUAAAAUGGGGGCUUCUUAUAUUUAAGUUAAAGCUUCAGAUAAGGAUAUAAAUGAUUAUUAUAAAGCUGAAUGUUGUGGGUGAUGGUUAUGUCUGUAUGAUGUGUAUAUGUGUAAAAUGAUGUGUAUAUGUGUAAAAAAUGUAAAUAAACAUCUUGACAAUGCAUUUGUCCUUGAAAAUCUGCCCUA